CUUAAUAAUGUACAACGAUGAUCUAGAAGGUGACUAUAUCGACACCUCUCUUGAUAAAUACGACAACUAUGAAGCUUACCUUGACGACCACAUCAAAGACAUUGAUCUGUUCUAUCUCGAAGACAUCGAACUGGCUAGGAACCUCAUAGCCCUUGGCUAUCAAUCACAAGGAGAGUUCUUGCAUAGAGAAGAGUUUGAAUCAAGGAAGAAGGAAAUCCAAGAAGCUAUUAAGCUAAGAAAUUCCAACCAGCCGAAAUCUCUUGCAAGUGCAGGCUGUCAUAUUGAGGACAGCAAAUUCUUAACAGAACUGGCAUCUAGAGAAGAAAACGUUAGGAAUGGAAGACUCGCUACUAUUAUUUUUAUUAGACAUAAGAAAGAAGGUUCAAAUGAGAUCAGUGGUUAUAUUGACCUUGCUGAUAGACUUAAGAAUGAUAAUUUCAAGGAAUACUUCGAGAAAACAAAGACUUUGUUACCUAGAAAAUCAGAUCUGAGCUAUUACAACUGGGAUACUCAAAGAUGCUACAUUAAUGAUUCUAAAAAUUUCAAAGUGAUUCCAAACUCUGACGAAGGACUACUCUUCAGAAAUACAAGAGACAGAAAGAUUAUCAAUGUCAGGCCUUCCUUCUUCUAUACUGAAAAGGAUGAGAUAGAGAAGAAAGUAACUAAAGGAAAGUCCAAGAAUGGUGAUGAUACCACGAGAGUAGACAUUGAGACUCCUGAGUACCUCCAAGUAGUAUUCUUUGACCAUGUAACAAGAAGAAGACAUUAAUUAUUGAAAAAUAAAAUCAAAAUUAUUU